GCGUUGGGUUCGCUCGUGCGCGGCCGCCGCCCCCAGCCGUCCCGCCCCAGGAGCCCCUGACAGGCCGGGGGUAGGGAGACGUGUGCGAGCGCCAGCGGCCCGGCCUCGCUCGUCCGCCCCUCCCCGCCCCGGGCUGGGAGGUGAUGUCGUUAUGCGGAGGCUCCGGCCACUCCGCUGCCCCUCGGCCCCGGCCCCGUAUUGCCCAGAUGUCCCGGAGACCCGAGCUGCUGUGCGGAGCUGCUAUCGUGCUGGGCUGCGCCCUCCUGGUCACCCUCAAAGUCACCUGCAGCCGAGCAAAAGAUGUAACAAUGGCAGCGAAGGUUCCAGUUAAUUUCUUCUCCUCAAAAUCUCCAGUCCUUGAUCUUUUUCGGGGGCAACUGGACUAUGCAGAUUACAUUCGCCAAGAUUCUGAAGUUGUACUGUAUUUUUUCUAUGCCCCAUGGUGUGGACAGUCCAUUGCAGCAAGGGAAGAAAUUGAACAAGUGGCAAGCAGGUUGGCAGACCAGGUGCUGUUUGUGGCAGUUAACUGCUGGUGGAACCAGGGGAAAUGCAGGAAACAGAAACAUUUCUUUUAUUUUCCUGUGAUAUAUUUGUACCAUCGGAGCCUGGAGUUCUAGGAUAUUUUGAGUUCAAUGCUUCACCUCAGCCUCCUGGUUAUUUGACGUUCUUCACAUCAGCAUUACAUUCAUUAAAGAAAGAUUACCUUGGAACAAUACACUUUGGAGUGAUCACGGAUAAACAAAUUGCAAAGGAGAUCUCGUUGACGCGCUCGGGAAGUCUGUACCUUCAUAGACAUGUCAACACUUCGCUUAUCUAUCCCAGUGAAGUCAUGAACUACACAGCUGAGAAUAUUUGCAAGUGGGCUCUAGAAAACCGAGAGACAUUUAUACGUUGGUUGAGACCACAUGGAGGAAAAAGCCUUCUACUAAACAAUGAACUGAAGAAGGGACCAGCACUUUUCUUAUUUAUACCCUUCAAUCCCUUAGCAGAAAGUCAUCCUCUUUUAGAUGAAAUUACCAAAGUGGCCUUGGAAUACAACAACUGUAAUAAAAGCCAGGCAGCUGAACCUGUUCUUCAGCACUUGAGAGAUGCAAAUUCACCAGAUUUUGAGUCCAUUGUACCACAUGCGCGUACACAAGUUGCAGACACUUACUCCAUAACAAAGUACCCAUGCUGCAACACGGUGGUGCUCCCUCAGUGGCACUCGAUCUCUAGGACUCACAAUGUCUGUGAGCUUUGUGUCAACCAGACCGUUGGGGUCAAACCAAGUAAAGUCAAUAUACCACAGUGUAACUUUUUAGAGAUAGAAGCAGCUUUGGACUCUUUCUACCUCAAGGAACAUACCUUUUUCCAAUUUGUGUCAAAUACCAUAGAAUGCAGCAAUUUCCUAAGUUUCUAUAGUCCUUUUAGCUACUACACUGCAUGUUGCAGGACAGUAAAUAGGGGUCUGAUCAAUUUAAUUAGUUCUGAAAAGACCAUAUUUCAGACCCCUAAAGUAGCAUUUUCUUCCCAUGGGAAGAAAGGUAAGGAUGAUAUCCAACAUUCUAGUCCUCACAUUGAGGAUAGGAAUGGUUUUACUCCUGACCUUUGCGUUAAUGGCACUCACAUUACCGGCCUGAGCUGCAGAACCAACAAGACCUUGAAUCUCUAUCUACUGGAUUCAAAUUUGUUUUGGAUGUAUGCAGAGAGACUUGGUGCAUCAAGAUCUACUCAUGUGAAGGAAUUUGCUGCCAUUGUUGAUCUGAAGGAAGAGGCACACUAUAUCUUGGAUCAGAAUCAAACACUUAUAAAAUCUACUCUAGAGAACUUCAUUCAAAACUUCAGCAUUCUCUACAGUCCCUUGAAAAGGCAUCUUGUUGGUGACUCUUCAGUUCAUCUUCCUGCACAGCACAUAAUCACCGAAGUGACUACUACCACCUUUCGUGAUGUGGUGGUUUUGAGUGAAAAGGAUGUCUUGCUGCUUUAUUAUGCGCAAUGGUGUGGAUUCUGUGCUUCUCUUAAUCACAUCUUUAUCCAACUAGCGCGACUUCUGCCUCCAAACAACUUCACUGUGGCGAGAAUUGAUGUCACUCGAAAUGACCUUCCAUGGGAAUUUAUGACGGAUCAUCUCCCAACCAUUUUGUUUUUUCCUUAUAACAGUGGUAUUGGCAUGGAGGAUGAAGAUCAGAACUAUAACUGGCUUAUCACUGUAUUCAUGUUAAGGAAGGACAAAAGUGUGAAGUUUCCUGAAGAUUUUUCAGUUACUCUUCCUAAUCUGCUUAAGUUCAUUUUACAUUACUCAAGUCUACCUUCAGCUGCACCUGACUCAGAGCCCUGCACCAAAGAAUGUCCACAGAAAGAGAGAGUGUUACAGCAAGAGCAUCUCUCCCAUUUAAGGAGUGAGAUUCAGAAAUUGAGAUCCGAAGUCAGUGCACUACACCAGGCUCAAGAUCAGCUGGAAGCCCAACUUUCUAAAGCCAGAAAAGAAGAACAUCAACUACAACAGCAGAAGCAUACACUGGAAAAGCAGCACAGUAUCCUCCGGCUCCACAGUGAACAGUUACAGGCACUCUAUGAACAGAAGAACAGAGAAUUAGAAGAAAUGGCUGAGAAGCUUCAAGAAUUAGCAGAUGCAUCAGAAAACCUCCUUACAGAGAAUGCUUUACUAAAAGUCCUGCUAGCAGCAAUGGAGGGGAAGCUAGAGAACAAAGAUGAAACCAAGAAAUCCAUUCAGUCAGAGGAGACUCGUUCCACCUACAAUACUGGGCCAGUUCUAACUGCUAUAGAGAGAUUACAUGAAAGAGAAAGGCUUGAUGUUUCCGAUGUUGAUACCACAGUGACUGAGCAUAAAGAAAACAGGACAGAAUAAUUACUUAUCCUAUUGGGGGGGGGAGAAAAAUCAGGAAUGACACUGUAUUGGGAAGAUAUUUAUGCAAAUUUUAUUUGUUGUAAAUAAAAUAUUUUCCAAUUGUCUAGAAAAAAAAUCAAACCAGAAUAUUUCUGUAAUACGUCAAACAAACAAUUUACCAGAUCUUGAAACCUAAAUGGAGAUAUGGAAAACACUUUCCACUUUACUAUUGCACUAAUUUGAUAGCCAUUUUGUUAAUUUAACCUAGGUUAAAAAUAGUAAACUCCCAGGGACAGCAGAGUGAAGCAUCUCCUACAAAGGGACCAAUUUUUGCACUGGCUUCCUCCCAUGUCUCCCAGAGGAAGUGUUCAUUUAGGAACUUUGACAAUUUAUACUUUUCUAAGAAACAGCUGAAGUUAGCCAUCAUCACUGCAUUUUGCCUUUGUUUAUAGAAUUGACUGGAAAUGUUGAAUUUGUUUAUUUAGUAAACUUGAAUGAAAAGUCAAAUGGUUAAAAUAUUCUGUCAUUCCUGUUGCAUACCACUUUUUCAUGCUCCACAAUUAACUUAAUUGUCUUUGAAUUGUAAGUUAGGGAACAGAUUUUCAUAGAUGUUUCAUUAUGGGGAACAAAAGGCAGAAUAAUCUCAUCCAACCUCCUUAUGCAUCCCACUAGUGUUCCCUCUACCCCCUGCCCCUCAAAAAAAAAAAAAAAAAAA